AUGAUCUCGUCCACAUUUGCCCCAACCCUGUCGCGCAGGGAUACAGCCAAAUCUGGCGGGGGUUAUGACGGCGCUCAUGGCAGCGCUCCUCCAGUAACGAGUGGUGGAGGACCAUUUGGACCACAGAGUGCAGGUGCAAUCUAUCAGCAGAUUCAUGAUAUGGCCGCGAAACGGAUAUCUACACUGGAUUACUUGAGAAAGGCUCUCGAAGGUCGUGCAUAUUGGUUCAAUACAGUUCAUUUCUCGCGAGCUGAUAUUAGUCGAUUACCAUAUUUCGAUGCUCGCAAGCUAUCCCGUCGCGCUGUCAAUUACCUCCUUUUGGGGUUGUCACUACCCUCGAUACUGGAUGUCAACUCAACCCCCUCGGAGUACCUACGAACUCUGCAUGCGCUACUACUAGAAUUCGAGGCAUUUCAGGCGGUCCAUCCACCUGAUGGCAGUUCCUCUUCUAGUCUUGCUCGCGCACGUAUUCCCCAAAUGUUCAAGCGAGCUGCUCAUGCAGGCACCAAAACACGCCGAGCCAGCUCAGCCACUGAGAUCGGUCUACCAAUGCAAUCGAGUGACCCCACAGAUCUGAAAAGCACAGUCGGAAAUAUCACCUCUCCUUCUUCUGCGGCCGCUUCUGUUAUCUCAUUCCCUCUCGCCGAGUCUUCUGAUUUACUUCCGGGUGAAGAAUACACGUACCUUCUCACGCCGUCAUUACCCUUCGAGCCUGACUUCUUUGAAACUUUCGCUACAUUGUGUGAUGUUCUCAUUGAUUGCUAUACUCGUAUCACAUCGCUUGUAUCGUCGCCUGCUGUCUGUACGGUUGCUUUAGGGGAGACCUUCUCCAAAGCGGACGCUAAGUUACGGAAGAUAAUGGUGGCUGGUGCAGUACGGGAGUUCGAGGAUGCCAGUCGAAAUGGUGCUAAGAAUGAGAUCUCCGGCGUUAGCCGUGUUGUUCUGGGUGGAUUGUUAGGAUAA